UCGUUAAGUUUUUUAGGGUUCUUCAAAUGGCGAUGUGCUCCUUGAGCGUUGCGACUGCCGCGAAUUUGGCGCCGCAAGCGCCCCAGCAGCAGCAGCAGCUCUGGCGAUCGAAUGCGCUGGUGUCGUGGAAUGGAGGGGCAGGCGGGGGGAAGAAUCCCGUGAAUGCGGCGAAUCGGUGCUCGCUGAGCUGCGGCAGGCAGGGAAAUAUGACGUUUCGAGCUGCCAUCGCUCAAGCUUCCACUCCAUUGUCUCAGUGGUCUGGUAAUGGAGAAUUUGGAGAGGAGGAAUACAACGAAGACGCGGAUUCUUUCUCGUAUCUCGUCAGCACUGUCCAGUGUAUCUUACAUUUCAAAUAUCGAGUCGGGCACACGCUCGAUGAAUAUGACGCCAAGCUAAUCCAAGAAGAAGUCUUACGGUUUCAUCCAAGAGCGGCUGAGAAGAUCGGUUGUGGCGUGGCAAGCAUAAUGAUAAACUAUCACCCGGAUUAUAAUCGAAGCCGGUGCUUCAUGAUCAACAGACUAGACGAGUCCGUUUGUGACUUCUCGUACAGGAAGUGCAUGCUGGAGCGAGCAAGGCUGAAAGGAAUUCACUUGGUAGCUGCGAGAAAGCUCUUGAAUAUGGACUAUAUAAACAUUUCCGACCAACGCCGGAGUCCAGAGUGAGAGUUUGUUUGAUACAUACUGAUCCGUGUUUGUAUUUUUAACAACCAUUGUAUGUACUAAACAUUUUGGAAAUUUUUUUUGGUC